AUGGUGCUUAUAAAAGCUUCCCUUUUCACUACUUUCUGUGUGCUGUUCUUUGGAAAUGACCUGUGGAAAGUGAAUGGUUUGAUCGACAUUGAUGGCAUCAGCAGCGAUUCAUCGCUGGAAAUUGCUCCGUGCAUUCUGAAGCUGUGCGAGAAGUACUUUCGCUCGAAGAAGAAGACUCAAGGAUCUCUGGCCAUCGUUAAUCUCACACCGGAUGCCUCUCUCUUUCAAAAGAGCGUGCUGGAGAACCUCAAUGAAAAUGAGCGCCACGAGUUGGCUGUGAUGGUUAAAGACGCCCGCAAGAAGCACUGGAACGCGUCGCACGUGACGGAGAAGGCGAAGAAUUACUUCAUGCUCUUGAAGGACUCCUCAGAGUUGAAUCGCACGAUUAAGCAACUCCACGCACUGCCCACGUGGAAUCCUCUGGCCCAGGUCGUCGUCUUCAUCACCGAAGAGAUGACACCGGAUGAUUUGGAUGUGCAAAUGAGGAACAUCUUCACAGAAUUGCAACAACAGGGUGUCUUCAAUGUGAAUAUAAUGUCGCGAAGGCAUCAAUCAAACCUGAUUCAGGUCAUCACUUGGUUUCCCUACGAAGGCACCAACUGUGCAGACAAAAUCGAUAAUUUGCGGUUGAUUGACGAGUGCACAUUCCUUGAGAACGAUAACAAAUUCGUGGAGAAGAGCUUCUUCACCGAUUGGGUGAAAAUUCCAGUGACCUACAAUGGAUGCCCUUUGCGAGUCUCCAGCGGAAAUUGGCUGCCCUACACAGUUUAUGACGAAGAGGAGGGCUUCACGAAGGGAACGGAAGUCUUCAUGGUGCAGACGAUGACGCACAGGAUGAACAUGAAACCAAUCUACACUCUGAUGAACAUCACGAAGAUGAACUACUUCGGCAGCAAAGACAACGCAGUGCUUUUCUACUCAGACAUCUUGGAUGGCACCUCUGAGAUCAUGAUCGGUGGCUUGACUGAGAAUUCCAUCAGCCGAAAGAUGCUCUCCACGUCGAUUCCCUACUUCCAGGACGACAUCACGUUUUGUGUGGGAAAGGCGGCUUUGGCGCCGCACUGGAUGAACGUCUUUGCCAUCUUCAAUCUCUCCAUUUGGCUCUUCACCAUCGUCUCUCUUUACGUCACUGGAUAUCUCCUGCGCACCUUCAGUCGCAUGGACACUGCGGAGACGGGGAAUAUCAUCUGGGCGCUGCUCCAGACGCUCGCCGUGACGCUUUACACCUACGGAAGUUACAACCCGCGUCGCUUCUUCGCGCGUAUCUACUUCUGCUGCCUUAUGAUCUACGGUCUGCACUUCAACACGGCCUACGCCAGCUUCCUCAUCACUGUAUUGACCAGGCCGCGGUACGAGGUCCAGGUGAGCUCCCUGCCGAUGGCCGUGGCGGAAUCUUAUCACUUCGUGGGCAGUGAGAACUCCCUUAACUACUUCACCAAAGAUGACGCUCAGUCCACGUACGUGCGGCGCAUGUUCACGAUCUGUCCGGAUAUAGACGCGUGCCUGCAGCGCGUGAGACACGACAGUGAAUUGGGUGUCGCUGUGUCGCGCCAGCACGCCCGGAACAGCCCACUGAUCGAUGAGAGCGACAUGUUCUGCUUCCACCGCGCCGAGAACAUCUACAGCUAUUCCGUGUCAAUGCUUGUGAAGCGGGACUUCCACCUCCUGCCCAAGAUCAACGACAUCAUCCGCACGAUCCUCGAGUCCGGGCUGCUGUACAAGUGGCAGAAGGACAGCGAGGUCAGCAAGGUGCAGAGCACGCCCACAGAAGGCGGAGAAGGCUCAGCGACGCAGAUCGUGCUGGGCAUCAGCCACGUUCAGGGCGCCUUCAUCGUGCUGGGCUUGGGACUUGUCGUCUCCGCCGUGGCGUUCUCGACCGAGUGGCUCAUAUUCCUGGCCAUCCAGCGCGAUCUCCGCGGCGCCACAUUCCUCAAGAGCCACAUCGAGAAGAUGCUGUGCUGCGAUUGAGCAGAUGGAGCGCGUCUCCCACUCGCGGGUGGGAAUAAGGCGCGAUUUCAUUGUCACACGCACACACCUUACAGGGGAUGAGGAGUGGGUAAAAAUAGAUGGAAUUUUCUGUUUAUACCGCACAGAAAGAGCGCGAAAGUGAAGAGUGAAAAAUUGUUGAAGGUGGAGAGAGAGAAUGAAAUUCUCAAUUCUCAGCUAGGAAAGCGUGCCAGGAAAUUACAGAUAUAGCAAUCACUCAAGCUUUUAGGAUCAAUGUUACAUUGCCAGAGAAGUAUUAAUAUCCGAAGUAUGAUUAUAAUGUAAAUUCCACAUGAAAGGAAGUUCUUUUCAUUACGGUGAAUGUUUCUGCAUUUUUCCUUCCAUCAACGCCUUAAAAAUUGACACUGCAAAUGUACGAUUUUUCCAGAAAAACGCGGUGUAUAAAACGAAAACAUAGUUCGUAACGUUCGCAAGUUGCAGAAAAGAGCGAAUAUUUCAAACACCGAGUGAUUCUCGGUGUCACUAAUUGAGAACUGAUAUUGAAAAAAAAUUGAAAGUGGUCAAUUUCAAUAAUGACAAUAAACAUCAGAAAUCAAGAGAAACACAGAAUUUUUAAUUUAAAAAUCCAAUAAAAUGUUACUUUCAUUAUCAUUCUUCAUUAAUAUUCCUGACGUUCUUGGCUAUUUUUUUAUAAACUUGGAAACGAAGAAAAAUUAAAGAACUUACUAAGGAUAAAUACUAUUACAGAAUAAUAAUAGAAUUUAGCAAUCUUUACGUCAUGAAAAUCUUUUAUUUGAACUCAAUGAGAUUAUUUAUAAUUUUGCAGAGCAAAUUUUUCUGUGAAAAAUGGUGAAAAAUCAAUACACAUUCAACACUGUAAUUAUGGAAUAACAAAGUAGGAUUUUAUGAUUUGAACUUAAAACCAAUAAA